AUGUCUCCUUCCACCAGAUCUGGAAAGACUUACUCAGAGGCUUCUUCUGUAACCAGCAGCAGACGAUCCAGUACAACUCGGAGCGUCCACGAAGGGAAAAGACAACCUCGGAGCAUCGCGCGAAAAGACGGCGACCCCCUCGAAGCUGGACAAAUCAAUCCCACCUUCAAAAGUCAGCUCAAACCCUCCUCAGUCGAAGGCAACAAGCCCAACGUUGAAACCAACCUCGCCGAAGCUGUUCGACUUACCAGGCAAGAAAAAGACCCUAUCGACGACUCCCAAGAAAUCGCCGGCGAAAACCGCCGCAAAACCAUCGGCACUAUUCCUACCAACGAAAGCACCGGCAAAGCUAAUCCCAACCCAGCCAUCAUCAGAGAAGGCCAAGAAGAGACAAGCUAUAGCGGUGGUCAUACCAAUGUCAACCUCGUCGAGACGACCAACGCCGACCAUUUCAGAUCCACCGGCAGACACCCGAGUCAUAACCAACCGGAGGAUCUAGACCCGAACGAAGGAGCGGAUCCUUCAAUGGAUAUAGAACCAAUGAAGCUAAACGAGGUCGAAGACCAAGCUUGCAGAAUCUACCGCCAGCAGUUUCACAUGUACGAAACGGCGAAGAAAGCAAACCAGCACGCCGACGCAACGAGAGCGCUGACAGAGUGCCAGCGCUCGUACCGCAACAUAUCCAAGAAACUGACCUGGCAGUUUGCUCUCUCCAUCAACAACGGAUGGAAUCCAUUCAAGGAGGCCAAAUCGGCCAAAUUACUAGCGAAGUUGGAAGGACGAGCGCAGCCGACGGAAAGCGGGUCUCGACCCUCCGGGAGUUACACCUCCUCCAACAACCAACGCGGGAAAAGGCCAGCAGAGACAGACCUCAACAAGAUCGGCAAGAUACCGAAGCUCGACACCUCCUGGCGAGAAACAAUGGCGGCAGCCAGAGCCUUACAGCAAGCCAGAGCUCAGAUAUUAGAAGAGUUACGCAAGGAGGAGGAAGCCUCCAAGCGCCGCAAGAAAGACUAG